GUGUUCGCCCACGCCCACACCCACGCCCACACCCACGCCCACGCCCACACACCCUUGGCACCCACCCCAACCCACCCACUCCGAUCAUGGUGCUGGUUCCAUUCCCAUUUGCAUUUCCAUUUGCAUUUCCAUUUGCAUUGCCUUUUGCACCUGCCAAUUCCUUGACACACACUCUCACACGCACGCGCACCCUCUCGCACCCCGUCCUCUGCUAUCCUGCUAGGGGGGGCGAGGAACCUGAGAGCGAGCAUUCCCAGGCCCCAGUCCCAGGCCCCAGUCCCAGUCUCCAGUCCCCAGCCUGCACCUGCACCUGCACCCAGCAAGCAGGCAAGCACGCACGCACACAUACACACACACACCCACCCCUCCUCUCCAAGUCCCCAAGUCUCGUUGCUCCCACCACCCUUCCCAGCCAGCCCCGGCUCCUACUCCAGUCCCACCUGCCGCCGCCCGUUGAACAAUAAAACGGUCCUUCCUCGCCCUCGACAUCGCCUCCUUCCAUCUCGCGCCCUCCUUUGUUUCCUGUCCUUUUCCCACCUCCGCCACCCUCAUCAGCCUUGUCCAACUUUACAAGCUCCUUGUAACCUUUUCGUCGGUUGACGUUGGGUCAACGUCAGAGGACUUUGCAAUCCUCUCGACUUCUCAACCCCGACUCCCGACUCUCCGGGCCUUGUGCAUCGCCGGCCGUCCUCUGCCCCGAGAGACGUGCAUCAAACUCACCCUUUUAUAUUUAUAUACAGUCCCGUGUGCUAGUGUGUUUGUACCGUCUAUAUAUACGACGCAUACACACCUCUUACAGACACUCCACCCUACAUACAUACACACACACACACACACACACACUUGUAUAUAUCUCCCCAAACCUACCUCCCUACCUACCUAUCCCUCCCCCGUCGUACAGCCAGCUCUCUCGACCGACUCGAGCCGGCCAAGCCUCACAUCCACGGUCCGGCUUCUCCCAACCACGCAGCCACCGCGCUUCUCGGCUAAAGGGAAUUUGAUCUUCACACUGCCAAGUGACCGACCACACCGCGCGGCGCACUGACUCUUGACCACCCGAGCAACAGCAGCAAGAGCAGUCCAGUCCAGCCUGCUUGUGUUAUAAAAAUACACACCCACGCCCUGGCACAAGCCUGAUCUGAUCUGCCUUGCGCCUAGACUCUGCGCACCAUCGCAUCAUAUCGCACCCACCUGUCUUGGCUACCUAGGUAGCCGAAAGGAGGACCCGCGGCCCCCCAUCGUCAUUACCUGGCCUUUCCCAGGCGCGACAGGCGAUCCAGCUUCGAACCUCACUCAUCACCUCUUCGAUCAGCUCACCAACCGGCUAUCCGAUGCAUCUCACACAUCUCACACCGCGCUUGUGAGCCUCCAUAUCCCCGUCGUCCUACCCGAGUUGAACAACAUCCUCCGCCUGCAACUCGCACCAGUCUGAGCCAGACGAGACAGACAGACACACGCGCUCCAUUUAGACCAAUCUCCACUCAACCCUGCUGUUGUCCUUCUUUCCCGGCGUUUGCAUCAAUUUGGAGUUUUCCGGUCAGGAUCACAAAAAGCCACUUUGCCAGAUACCCCAGUCGAAUGUUUCUUUAGACACGAUACCAGACUUUUCUUUUUUCCAAAUCCUCUUCACACCCGCGCGUCCAGCACGUGCACCCUUCGACAUCAACUUGGACUUUCAGACCUUGGCGGGCCAGAUUGUCAGUCACCUGCUCGUGGGCUGCUGCAGGUGUCAUCCGAACCCCACCAUUUGACAGCAUCUGCAACCACGCUACCUGCAGAGCCUCAUCGGUAUCCAACCCCAGGACGGCCGAUCGCACAACAGUUUUAAAAGACAACACAUCAACAGAGAACAUCAUCGAAAUGAUAAUAGACGGCGAGAAGUGGGCCUGCGAGUCCUGUGUGCGUGGCCACAGGGUCAGCAAUUGCCAGCAUGCGGAUCGACCCCUGCAGCACAUCAACAAGAAGGGACGGCCAGUGUCCCAGUGCUCGCACUGUCGCAACAUGCGCCGCUCCAAAUCAGCCCACGUCAAGUGUGACUGCGGCGAGAAAACCAGCAAAUGUGUGCAUUUGCAGGCGACCGUUGAUGGUCACAGGGAGAGCUGCUGUUGCAACCACGGUGGUCGCUGCACCUGCUCGCACAAGAAGGAGCAGAACCAGCUCGACACAGUACCCGAGUCCGAUUCAGAACAGGAGCUCAGCUCCGGCGCAAACGCCAAGGCGACCAAGCUGGUCCGGAAUCGCCGGUCCAGAGCCAGCACCCAGACCUCAGACGGGAUGUUGACCUUCGAUGAGAACGGUCACCACAAGCCGACCUACAAGCACACCAAGGCGUCCCAGAAGUCUGGUCCCUACCAGCUCACCCGAGCGCACUCGGCGCAGAGCAGUGGCAGCGGUGGCAACUGUUCCAUGGAGGACCUCGCCAAUGACUCGUUAGCAAGCAGCAGCGCCAGCAUCCCACAGGCGCAGGACCAUUGCAUGUCCAACUCCGAAACAGCUUCACCCUUGUUGACUGCUGUCUCGUCGGUCCCUCACUCCAACCCCCAGCUCCCUCCCCUGGAUCUGUCAAACGUCAAUGGCUGGGCCUCGGGUUCUUUCAUGCCCGACAAUUACGACUUCUUUAGCAACAUGGACGAGCAGCAGCAGCCAAUGUUCAGCGCUGGGCUGAGCCAGCCUGACGUCGACUGGAGCCACAUUGGCCUUGACUUUGCUAGCAAGGACUUGGGCACCUUCGCACCGUCCAGCUACAGCCAGGCCCAGAGCUUUGCUGGAUUUGAACAGCCCCCUACGCUGACCUCGGGCGAGGUGUCCGAGGUUGACGAUUUCAUCCGCGACGAAUUUGACCCCAUUGGAUCCUUCACCCGCACCAACACAUCGAGCACAGGAUUCAGCCUCGGGACGGACCAGGAGGGCUUGCUCGGCGCCAUGGAAAUAGGCAACACCGACUUUGACGAAUUCAGCAAGCUGGCGAAGGACGGGAGCAAGUUCGCCGCCUCCGCAGCGGCGCUUGUUUCGGACGAUCCCGCACUGGCCGCCAUCACUGCCUCUGGCGUUGCCGGAUUCGAGAAUGACCCGAUAUUCUGGAUACCCGAUGCCCCCGACUACAGUGGGAUGACGGCCGUCAACGAUGGUUCAGAAGUGAACGGGCCCAACUUCUGGGAAGUACAAUAAGACGGUGCGGGCUAGUCACGGACUCGAGCGAACAAACUGUGUUCGCUGAACACGACCGACUGAAGGCCCUACAUGGUUGGAUUGGCGUUUGGGUACUGCGUUCAUGGGGCUUAGUGACACGCAUCGGUGCGCUUGUUGGGAGCAAAGGGGACAUUUCCAAAGAACAGCAAACAUGAUGCGCACACGAUCGGCCUUGGAUGAGCUUCCUCACACGCACGCGGAUGGCCACUGCGUCGACGCUGCAGCAACCGCGCCCGGAUUAGUGAAUUGUGGAUGUUUUGAUGCGCAGGCCUGUAGUGCAUCAAACCCAGUGGCGAUGCCAGCAAGAGAGGUUGGUUACGGACCAACAAGCCAAGCGGGAAGCAAAUGCGCGAGCGAUAUGACCCGAGAUGUAUAGAGAUUUGACAUCCUGCAUAUAGAUGGCUUGGUUGGCUGUAGAUAGAUCUGAGCCCUGUCGAUUUGAUCAGACAGUUGCAAAAAAUAAAGUAAAAUUUCAAAGUA